AUGCGCCAGCCGACGAAGCCGCGCACGUUCUUCAACUCGUCCGCAUCCUCGACCGCUUCCGCGCUCGCGUGCAACAGCAGCGCGUGCGCAGCGUUCCCGAUGGCGGCGUGCGGCGCGCUGGAGACGUACUCGCAGGCGGGCGUGUGCGAGUACUACACGGCGGACUCCGCGGGCGACGUGCUCACGGACGCGCUGCGCGUCACGAGCGCGGAGCGAGUCGUGUCCGCGCCCACCGUCGCCUUCGGGUGA